AUGGCGCGCUGUGUGUUUGGAAAGGCAUGGAUCGUCGCCGUCAAAGUGCUUCUGCUUGAGCGGGUGCUUGCCAACCCAACUGGCGGCACGCACAGUUUGCGACAUCAUCGAUUUGAUGCUUCCCAGAACGAGACGGUCCUCUUGGAUGAAGCGAGCAUUGCAAAAUGCGCGCAGGCCUAUGUUGAGGACUGUGGAGCUGGUGGAGAGUGUUGCGAUCCUGGCAUGACGUGCUACGAGAAGCAUGCGAAGUGGGCAGCCUGCUUGCCCAGUUGUACACCAGGCUUUCAGCCCUGGGUUGACUGGUUCUGGCACUGGACGCCGUGGACAUGCAUGCCCAUCGUAGAUGCGAUCGGACGUGACGAGCUGGGAAUAGAGUUUCAUCAUAGUGAUGCCACGCCGCUCCGUGCCUCCGCUGGCCCGCAUCGCUACCAGGUCUUUAUGAACAAGUCCAGCGAAACGGGCUCCCCGAUAUACGAUGGUACCGAGCAAACGCGCCUGACCUUCGUCAAGUCUGCCAACGAGUGCAAAGCACUUUGCGACAACGACAGGAGGUGCGAUUGUUUUAUGUAUUCGAAUUCGACGCAACACUGCGACAAACGCCGCGCGUGUGCGCCAACAGUGCAUGACCUGAAGGAUGCUGUCGGCAAGAGUUUCUACCUCAAGGAACCGUAUGAGGAGGAGACUUCUUCUUCCGUCUCCUGGAAAGAGUUUCCGCACUCGAACCUGUUCUACUCGACUGGCCUGCGGAUAGAUGACGAGGACUAUGGUGCGUCGACUAUGAAGUCCUGCAAGCGCCGCUGUGAAAUCAGCAAGUCCUGCCAAUGCUUGAGAUACUCUAAGGUUUUUGCCAGGUGUGAACGAUAUACAGACUGCAGCUUUACGGAUUUGAUCGAAGAUGAGCUUUACGAUGUGUACAUCAAGGAGUCGCCGACGCUUCAGGAGCCCCAAGACAUAGCCUGGUGGUUCAUCUUGCGGCUGGUUUUUCUAGUGCUGCUGCUGCUGCUGUUGUGCUGUCUGGUGUUAGUCUUCUUGCAGCGCAAGAAGGAUCCGCAGCCUGAAUACGUGCCGUUGUUGCCAACGCAGACCAGGUUGGACAUGUUUGCGGACGCCGCUCUCGUCGACAGGUGGCCAGGCGGCUGUGCCGAUUGUGGUGUUGCCUGUGGCCGGCCUCCGGCCUGGGUGCCGCGAAGCGGUGCUGUUGUUGUCACGGAGGCUUGCCCAUCCAAUGUGCGCGGCAGGCCGGAUGACAGGCUGAUGCCAGGAGAUGUGCUGCUGAGCAUACGCCGCAACGGGCGGACUGUCAGUGCAAUCCAGUGCACGGACGACGUCAAGGAGGCCUUUCGGACCUGUCGGGUGGGUGAAAUCAUCGACCUGGAGGUCCUGCGAGUCCGAGGGGACUGGAAUUCUCGACCACUACCUCCCGAUGAAGUGCCUCUCAUCCAGGCAUCGAUGGACUCCCCCGCAGAAGUGGAGAAGGCGGCUCUGCCAACCCACAAGAAGGUCCGCGUCCAAAGGCUCGUCGAAUGA